AAAUUUUGUAAAACUUAAGAAACUGAGUUUGAGUUUAAAAGCAAGAAUUGGAGCAGUUUUUUGUUGUUUUUGCUUGUGAUUUCUGUGUGUAUUUUGAAUACCCCCCAUCUGUAUUAAGUGUUGAAAAGUGUUAAAAACUUGACAAUGAUUUGCCCGAAACGCACGUCAGAGUUGCUGGAUUUGCAUCUGGCUCCGUUCAAGGAUAAGGAUCCCGCCUGGGAAGUGGGCGUCUCGAAAAUUGCUGGACGUGGUGUUAUGGCCACACGUCAUUUGAAGCGGGGCGAGAUCAUCUUUCAGGAUAGUCCGCUGCUCAUCGGAUUGGCUGCCCACGAAGAGGACUCGUUGAAUUCAUGCAGUGUGUGCUUCAAAGUGUUGCCCGAUACGAGAUUCAUGUGCCGCCAGGGAUGCGGUCUUCCCGUUUGCAGCCUGUGUGCCAAGAAGAAACAGCACAAAACCGAUUGCGAUAUGUUUAAGUCGUGGAGCCCCAACGAACCAGAUGUGGCCAACUCCGUGAUCAUCCGUCUGUUGUGUGUGGCACGUGCGAUCAAUUUGACGAAAGAUCAGCGGGAUUUGAUCUAUUGCCUGCAGGCCAAUUUGGAUAACAAUCAUCGCACUGAGGUCCGUAAUGCCGCUAAGUGCUUUAAGAAUUUCCCCACCGACAAGAAGAUCGUGGAGAUCAUGAAUCGCACCGUUGCAGUGCUCCGAACGAAUGGAUUUGAUAAGACAAAUGAUCGGACCACGGAUCAUCAGGAGUUUAAUUUUCGCGCCCUCUAUCCGCUCUUUGGCGUCAUGAAUCACGAUUGCAUUCCCAAUUCGUACUAUACUUUCGAUGAGAAGACCAACAACAUGAUCGUUCGUGCCGCUGUCGAUAUUCUUGAGGGUGAGGAGAUAACCACAACGUAUACGAAACUCUUCACCGGCAACAUUGCGCGACAUCUCUACCUCAAGAUGAAGAAGGGCUUCACUUGCAAGUGUCCACGUUGCUCCGAUUCAACGGAGAAAGGCGCCUUUAUAUCUGGUCUCUAUUGUCGGGAUACCAACUGCAGUGGUUUGGUGGUGCCGGAAAUAACUGGACUACCACAUCCAAAUUGGAAUUGUUUGGUCUGCAAGCAGAAGUCAACGCAUGUCCAGAUGAUGAAGUCCCAGGACUUUGCCAGCGGUGCCAUCAAUGCCAAGGCAAAUUCGAAUUCUCUGCGCACCUUGGUGCAUUAUUUGAAUGAGAAGAGCGAUAGUUUCAUACCCAACAGCAAUUAUGUGGUGAUUGAUGCCAAGAUGAGUGUAUUGAAUCGUCUUGCCCUGGGUCGUGAGGAUUGCAAUGAGGAACUGGUGUCCUGUACACGAUUGCGUUACAGUCGCGACAUUACACAGGUCAUGGAUAAGCUGGGAUUGGGCGAUUCCCUGUUGCGCACUCAGUUGGAGACGCAGCUCCGCAAGGAGGAGGAGAGACGUGCCAAGAAACAGAAGGAACUGGCUGAAAAACAACGUCAACUCGCUGAACUUGAGCUGAAGGCAGCCGAGGCUGAUAAACUUCUAGCUGCCCUCGCAGCCGAGGGAGCUGAGGGAGAAGUUGCUGCAGCUGCCCCGACACCUGAACAGACCUAAAAAAAAAAAAUUGAGGCAGCUCCUCCUCGAUUUAACCCUUUUUUUACCCUACAGCAUCCCGACAGCAGUUCACUUGAUGUAUUUUUGUUUUUAUGUCUCGUCUCGUAUUUGUAUUUAUUUAUUUAUAAUCAAUUAAAA